AUGAAGCCGUACUCGAUUACAACGGCUCUCCUCGGCUUCCUGUCGACGGCCCUCGCCAGCGCCACGACCGAGACACAGUCGUCCAAGGCCAACUUGCCUGGCGACUUCAAGCCUCCCCAGGUUUUCAAGAACGCCAACCUCGUUCACGUCAUCUCCCUAGAGAAGAACUACGUCAAGGAGCAGAUCAAUGUUCUCGUUCAGAAUAUCGCGUCUGAGCCCCAGGACGAAUACUAUCUGCCCUUCACUGCCGACCAGCUGGCUCGCGUCGGAGGCUUCGAGGUUAAGGACCGCAAGGACGCAGACGCUGGGCCGUUUGCCGUUGAGUCUGUUGAAUACGAUGCCCUGAACAAUGUUCAGUACUAUCGCAUUCGAUUCCCCACUCCCCUCAAGCCUGGCGCCCAGCAAACCCUCGGUAUCUCCUUCUACUACCUGAAGGCGUACACUCCCCUGCCUGCAUCCGUCCCUCAGGACGAGUUGCAGUACCUUGUCUACGACUUCUCCAUCUACGCCCCAUCGGCCUACCCCACCGUGAAGCAGAAGACAGAGGUCAAGUCCUCGUCUUCUGCUAUCCCAGGAUACACCAAGAUCAAGGAGUUUCCCACCAAGCAGGGCGCCAAGUUGACAUACGGUCCCUUUGAGGAGCAGCCCGCUGGCGCCGUCUCCCCCGCCCAGGUCCGAUUCGAGUUCGAGAAGCCCGUUACCCACGUUGCCGUGUUGAACCGCGACAUCGAGGUGAGCCAUUGGGGCGGCAACGUUGCCUUCGAGGAGAGGUACGAGCUGUACCAUCGAGGCGCCAACCUGUCUAAGCCUUUCAACCGAGUCAAGUGGGUUCAGGCCGCCUUUUACAGCCCUCCCACCCAUGCUCUGAAGGAGCUCCGAGUUCCGCUCCAGGUUGGCAGUGUGGACGCUUACUUCGUCGAUACCAUCGGCAACGUGUCGACCUCUAAAUUCAGAAGCAACAAGCGAGAGGCCAUCCUCGAGCUCAAACCUCGCUACCCUUUGUUCGGCGGCUGGAAGUACCCCUUCACUAUCGGAUGGAACUCCGAUGCUGCCAACUUUUUGCGCAAGACUGCCACCGGAGGCUUUGUUCUCAAGGUUCCUUUCCUUGAGGGACCCAAGCAGGUCGAGGGUGUUGAGUACCAGCAGAUCAAUGUUAAGGUUCUCCUCCCCGAGGGUGCCGAGAACGUCAAGUUCUUCACCACCGUCCCUGAGUCGUCCAUUGCAUCCACGUCAGUCGGUGUCUCCAAGACCUACCUUGACACUGUUGGACGCACUAGUGUCAGCAUCACUGCCCGAAACCUUGUGGACGAGUUCCGGGACCGCGAUCUCAUCAUCUCGUACGAUGCGCCGCUGAUGAGCGUUCUGCGCAAGCCCCUCGUCAUUUUCGCCAGCAUCAUGUCCCUCUACGCUGCGACCUGGAUUAUCGGAAAGGUUCAGGUGGGAUUUCAGCCGAGGAAGUAG